UCACAAUCGAGUGAAAAUCGUUCAAGCAGCAAAGCGCAUUUACCUGUCCUGUCCAUUUCGCUGGUAUUGAAAGCCUUUGACGAUGUCUUCGAAGCUCUGAACUUGUGUUGAUCGUCGAUAUAAUUACCAAUAUAUGGCGUGAAGCAGGGACAACGUUUGUCAGAAAUCCAGAGUCCAUCCACGCAAUUUUGCAGCGACGUGAUAAUAAUUUUUUUCUAACCAUCUCCGCGGAGAGAUCGAAUAUGAAUGAAGUAGUCUAUCGCUGUCGUGCUUGGCUUCGUAUUAACAAACCGGACUCUAUUCCUGGAAAUUUUCUUUUGUUUUAAUUUCUGGCACAAUAACCUCAUGGAAGACGAAACAUCGGUUCGAGUGGCUUUGAGGUAAGGGUUUACGGUGAUCAAGGAAAAUUCUUUGAAAUACGCCAACAGUUUAUUACCAGAUCAAAUGAUUUAGACGCCCUGCCAAGUAUUGUGUAGCGUGGCUUUUUAAAUCUAUUUGUGCCCUUUUUAUGUUUCUGUUUUGUAGGAUUCGUCCUCAAAGUGCCGCCGAGCGAAUAGAAAUGUGUAGAGUUUGUACUUGCGUUACUCCAGGACAUCCUCAGGUUGUUCUCGGAAAAGACAAGGCCUUUACGUUCGAUCAUGUAUUUGACAUCGAGAGUAAACAGUUUGUAAUCUAUGAGCAGUGUCUUAGAGGACUCGUUGAAGGGUGAGUUAACUUAAAUGGCGUUUUGGCGACUUUAUUUUGAGGCCGUAUUCAUGCUGUCAUGAUUGUUGUACAUUUCAUAUGUUGAUCGACGUUGGCCGCUCGCAAGUGCCAAAAUUGCGUUUGUAAAUAAGCUUAUGUUUGCGUGAUUGAAGUAAGCUUUUCUUACGCCAAGAAUUUUUUCCUCUUCAUUUCAGCUGCCUUGAUGGCUAUAACGCUACAGUCCUUGCUUAUGGGCAGGUAAUUACACUUUUGUUCGUCUAGAUAUAAUUUGCAUCUGUAUAUGCGUAAAAAAGUUUAAUAAAUGUAAUCGGUGUUGCACUGAAGAAAUUAUGGGCAAGUGUCCUUAGUCAAAGUGAAUUUCCGGCGUAACUUUAUUUUCAAAGCUUUUUAAUGCCUUCUCACGCCGUAAUGUUUGCACGGUUCAGAUAUUUUUCUAUUUCAAAGAGGCUAUAUCAUUUAAUCCCUGUUGUGAAUAAAACAGUCUCCCCUGGAAUAUUGUUAAUGUUGGUUUCAUUUAAAUGUUCACCGGGAGGUUUUCAUGUCCAUCUCCCAAAUUCUGGUCUUGUUCAUUAAAACUAAAUGCAAUCUGUUUGUAUUUAUUUUCGUAUUUUGCGUUCGAAAUGACUAUUGUAGAUUUCGUCCCUUUGAGCCUGUAAUCGGCGAUCUAUCUCGAGUCCAUUUGAUUCCUAUCUAGGAAUAAUAGAGUACAUUGUAUAUUUGAGACGUGUAUUGGUCCAUUGCUGUUCUGCAUUAACUACCGUGGACACGAAUUUUCUCAAAUUAUUCGCCACUUUCACGGUUGAUGAAAUGUAAUCCAUUUACGCGGUAGUUCAUCCGUGAAUUUGAAAUUUAAUUACACAAAAUCAGAGAACCUAAAUGUAAACCACAAUAUUUCAUUUUACCAUAAGAUGUAUAAUCUCAGAUUAUUUCUUAUUUCGUCUAGCUUUUGUGAAAAUUAAGACCUUUGGUAUUAUUGAUAUCUCGAGCUUAGAGUGUUUGGUUAUGGAAUUUUAUGGUUUUUUUUGUUCUGCGCUAAUUUUAAUUUGAAUGCCAAUUCGCCCCUUCACUUUUGUCUUUGUUUACAUUUUGUCAAAGCUGUAGAUAUUACAUAUCAUCUUGAAAAUUUUUACAAGGUUCAGUAAACAUUAACUUUAUCUCCUGGAGUUACUGAGUGGCAUCAGUGAUUAAAUAGUAAAAUUUUGCUUUGAAUUAAACCAACCCAUAAAAAUACUGGGAAAAUAUUGUAAAUAAUUAUUUGCACUGUGCAAACUCUAAUCCUAAUACUUAAGCGGGGUCACAACCUGUUGGAGAAUCCUUUUGGUGAAUUUUGAGAAAAUUUAAAUCUUGCGCUACACUUUUUUAUUCACUGGGUUUUAAACUGUAGCCUUAGCAAAAGAAAAAUUAUUUGACUGAAGGUAUUGAUCUUGCUUUUGAUUGUUUUUGUAGCUAUUUUUAGCUAAGAUAAUAUUUACAAUCUCAAGAGUGAAAAGUGACAGUAUUGAUCUAAUUUUUGUUGGAUGUUUUCAAACUGUGGCUCUUGCCAUAUCACCAAAGUUUUAUAGAUAGAUCUAGAUUAACUAUCGACCCUCCUUUGCCAUUUUGCGUUACAAUGAACUAGUUUGGUGAGGGUGCAUUCUAUUGUUCAGUAGCAGAUAAAAGGAAAAAAAAAGGCUGUUGGUGCAGUAGGUGGAUUUAACUGCAGGGUAUAAACACAAUAUUGAUUUCUAUGAAAUAUUGGACUGAUGCCUUAAAAAUGUCAAGAUAUAAUUUUCAAUUUUGUGUAUAUGUCUUCAUAAGUUAUAUUGUUGUAAGUGGUGGACUGUUUCAUUUUUCCUGUGUACUCUUAAUGCCAUGGAGAUUGGUUCACCCUUGUGGAAUAAUCAACAGAUUCACAAAGUGCAUUAUGAAUGCAGAAAAUUAAAAAAAAAAAAGAGAAAAGAAAUUUACUGUCAGUUUUCUUAUGGAACAAAUACAUUUGUAAAUUUCCUCUUUGUACAGACAGGAGCUGGCAAGACUUACACAAUGGGGACAGGGUUUGAUGUUACUGUGACACAAGAAGAGGAGGGAAUCAUUCCGCGAGCUGUUGCACAUUUAUUUGAGGGAAUCGACAGAAGAAAACAAGAUGCCAAACAAAGAAAUGAACCUCAGCCUGAUUUUAAAGUCACUGUUCAAUUUAUGGAGGUGUGCACAAAUAACAACUUUAACCUCCAUUUUUAGCAAAAUUUUCUCUUGCUUUCUUUUGCUUUCUUUUUCUCCCUAAAAUUUAUUAUGAGCAACACCAUAAAUUUCCCGUAUUUUAUUUGUGAAAGAAAAUCAACAUGACAGUUCAUGAACUUUCUGAUGAAAAAGAGCAUUUUCUAUUGACUUUAAACCUUAAAACUCUAACAUCAGUAUCCAUAUUCUCGAUACUCCUCCCUAUACUUUUUCUUUGGUACUGACAAGGAGUAUUUUCUUUAAAAAUCAAAACUUCUUGUUGGUGAUCAUUUAUUCUUUUAUUCUGAUAAUCUUGAUGAAUGAUUCAGCUGUUUUACUGAGAGGAGGGAUGACAUGCAGAUGUUGGUCACUCUGUAGAAUUAAAGAAUUAAACAGAAUUUAUGGCAUGCAGAAAUGGCAGAAUUUGUCAAGUUGCAGAGCCUAAACUCUUUCUACAGUACAGCUCUGUUGAGUUAAAAUGUCAAUUGAAAAGAAUUUAAAUUUGGCAGAGUUUAACUGAUCUUAAAAUAUGGCCCUAGGGGUUGCUCCUUGAAUUAUAUUUUACAGGAAGUUUGAGUUAGCAUAAUUCAGUUAUUUACGUUGAGAUGGUAGAAGAGAGGGUGUAUACUAUCAUCUGUGGAUUAUUAUUAGUUCAUAAUCUGCAAAUCCUUCUUGGUUUUAAUUUUGACUUUCUGACUUCUUCCAGCUUUAUAAUGAAGAACUUAUGGACUUGUUUGAUUUGGAUAACAAUAAGGUAUGGUCCAGUUUUGUGCUGUGCAUGUUUAUGUGCAUGCAUGCCACAUUAACUCUUAAGUUCUUUUCUAACCAACAUAUCCUCUGCAAUUCUGUGAAUGUUACCCAAACAAAUGUUAAGAAGAGGUACAUUUUACUAGUAAGGAACGUUGUCUUAAAAUAGGGAAAAGAUUUCUAAGAACUAGAAACUGCAGAUUUGGCAGUAAGAGUAUUUAGUAUGUGUAUUUUGAAAUAAAAUUUUGUUGUCCUUUUUGCCUCCAAGGGUCGGAAGAGUAAUGUAAAAAUUCAUGAAGAUGCAAAUGGAAAUAUUUAUACUGUGGGUGUCACUAUGAAGCCAGUGAACUCAGCACAAGAUGUAAGUUUUCACUCCCUUUUAUUCCAUAGAUCUCAUGAGUAAUUCUUCUUGCUUUCUGUGAUACAUUUUUUAUCAUGUUCCCUUGGAGAAUUUGAUUUUUGAUCAACUUAUUCUCUCAACUUAUUACUUGAUAUUUUUCUUUAUUCCUGUUAUCUGUUUGAGUAAUACAGAUAUUUACAGAAAAAUCUGUUAUUAGUCACUCGUGGAAGUUAAAGGGUUAAAUUGCUGUUCAUAAGGCAUGAUUUUAUCUUCAUGAUGAGCGCAUCUUGAUUUAAUGUCAUUUAAAAACAAAACCAAAAUAAUCAAAACAACCAAUCAAAGUGUAGGAAACAAUCAGAGAGAGCUGAUGAGAACUCUAAUUAAAAACAAGGGAAUUUGUCUUAUCAUGGAAAAAAACAAUAGGAGUGGCCAAAUGGAGAUUAAUUUUAGUUUUGGAUUUGAAUUGGCCAAGAAAGUGGUACUAGUUCCUGAGACAAAUUAAAGGAAAUCAAAGGAAUCUGGAACUACUUUUGAAACACAUUUGAAAGUUACUUUAUGACAUACAGAAUGCUGUAUUGUGUACAAGAGAGUAGACAUGUUUAAAUCAGGGUAUUCUGGCUAUGUGUUUGUUUUUUGUGGAUAUAUCCUCUAUUAUAGAACAAAUAUUACCUGAAUACACUGACAGUUGUCUUUUAUUUUAUGUUUUCUAUUUCAGACUCUAAACUGUCUGCAACAAGGAGCCUUAUCUCGUACAACUGCCAGUACAAACAUGAAUGCACAGUCAUCAAGAUCUCAUGCCAUAUUUGCUAUUCAUGUCAAGCAGCAGCGUGUCGUUAAGGUAACACUUUGUACACAGAUGUACAACAUGUGAAUCCAAAGAAGAGAAGAAGAACAUUUCUUGACCAGGAGGACUGUAAAAAAUAAAAACAAAAAUAAAAGUAUACAAAAAUUUGCUAAACCACCAAACUCUGAACUAAAAGACCUUCAUCUAACCAAUUUUAUGCAGUGUGCAUUUGGGUGGGUUUAAUGCAGUUUGCAAGAAAUUGUUGAUUUGUGAUUUUUUUACAAUGUACGGUGUAUAUUGUAUUUAGGGGAGUGACCUCAUUCUACUGCACAAGGGAAUCCAGGGGAAUCAAAUUGGAUUGUAUUUGUCUCCCUAAUACUGCUUUGGGGUAAAAGUUGUUGAUUUUUAGGAAAAUUUUACAAAAAGAAAAAUAGAAACUUUGAAUUUAUGAGGUUUCUGUGACAUGCACUUUGACCGAUAAUUUGGGACACUGAUUUACCAAGAUUGCAUAUACAUGUAAGUUGAAAUUACAUUACCGACAGAAUGACGUCUGAAUUUCAAGUUUUCUUUUUUUCAAUCAGCUAACAGAUGGUGAUGACAAGCAAGGCUCUGAAAAAAUCAGUAACUAUGAAUAUGAGAUGCUUACAGCCAAAUUCAACUUUGUGGAUCUUGCUGGCUCUGAGAGACUCAAAAGGACUGGGGCAACUGGUGACCGGGCAAAAGAAGGCAUCUCUAUCAAUUGUGGUUUGGUAAUUAAAGAGUCUCUUUAUUUCAAUUUAGCCUUUGUAUACUGUGAUGUUGCUUGGGGGCUUUCUCUCAACUCAACAACUUGUGUAUGGGUUUAUGGGUUUAUUUCAAAUUAAAUGACUUUGUUAGGUGAUUUCUGAGUGGAUACAGUAUCAUGUAAGUCUUGUUAAAUCUAAUAGAUUUUCUUAUCCCUUAAAAUUAUUUUCUACACUUUUCUCUUUACAUUUCUUUGGUACUGACAAGGAGAAUUUGACAAUUGGGAGUUUCAUAAAUUGGUGAUCAUUUCCUUUUUUCUCAUGAUGUCAAUGUUUGAUUCAAGGGUAGUGCUGUUGGGAAAAUGAGAAGCUAGUCUCUCUUAGGGUUUAAAUAUUAAUAUGUAUUGUUCCUUGCUCACUGUAUUGUUCACACAAGGAUUAUUUUGUGAGACUUUAGACUUUUAUUCUGCCUCAAUGAUUUCAAAACUUAGUUAAACCUGUACAUUGUGAACUGACUCUUAUCUAUUUUGGUUCAUGAUUUUAGUUGGCCCUUGGGAAUGUUAUCAGUGCUCUUGGAGAUGCUACCAAGAGGGGAAGCCAUGUUCCUUACAGAGAUUCCAAACUCACAAGAUUACUCCAAGAUUCUCUGGGAGGCAACAGGUGACUUCUCAUUCAAGCAGUUUACUGAAUAUGAUUGUCUUAACCCUUUGACUCCCAGAAGUGAUUUACAUGCAACUUCUCCUUACAAUUUACACACAUUAUCCAGUAAACAGGUAAUGAGAAUACUUAGAAUUACCGUGUCAAAGUUGUCAUCUUGAUCUAAUACCAAAUUCUCGUCACUAAUUUACUAGGAAAAGUGUAACAGCUAGAGAGGAGAAUUGACAAUCAGAUCUUGGGAGUUGAAGGGUUAACUUGCUCAAUAAGUGGGCCCAACAGUAUUCAGAUCAAAGGAGUUUAAAGUUAAGUUUCUGUAGCAUGAUGCAACAUUGUGUUUAGCAACUACCUCUGGAUGAGGUGUUGGUUCAUGAAGCAAAUCUGUCUCCCACAAAAUCAAAGUGAGUGGUUGUUGCACUGGCAAUGAAUGGAUAACUGACAGUACUGGCCCAUUUGGAUUUGUAAAUAAUAAUCAAAGUAGUUAAUGAUUUUUCUUUUUCUUUUAGUCGCACUCUAAUGAUAGCCUGUGUAUCACCAUCUGACCGAGACUUCAUGGAAACCCUGAAUACACUCAAGUAUGCAAACCGUGCUAGAAAUAUCAAGAACAAGGUGACUUGAUUUCUUAGCUGAGUUUUAUUGAUUUGCAUGUAAUGAGACAGGUUAAUCAGUUUCAGUUUACAAUACCACUUUCUCCACUUUACACCUGGUAAAGAGAGAAUUACUUUCCAACUUUUUUUGCAGUAUAUAACGGAUACAUUGUUACAGUUGUAUUUAAGAAAGAUGAGAAGUUGGAUUGAUUCUAUUGAUUCCUGGUGUAAUUGAAGUUUGGGAACAUCGAGAGAGAGAAGCCCCCUUUUUUAGCCUGGGCACGAACCACACAAGCUGAAUGUGGUCCUCAACAGUUAGGGGCAGGUGCUCUCACCUAACAGCAUCAUCAUGCACACAAUGUUCCUGUAUGUUACCUCCUAUCAGACUCUGAGACAUUCAUCAGGUCUUACUAUUGUUAUUAAUUCUAUGCCUUUCUAAAUCCACAAGCCAAGUUUCCAUCUUUCUUCAAACUGAAAUGUGAACAUUCAGUUGGUUUUGUUUCCAAGGUGACUGUGAAUCAAGAUAAAGCGAGUAAACAGAUGGCUGCAUUGAGGCAGGAGAUACAGAAACUUAGUCUAGAGCUGACAGAAUAUAAACAGGUACAUUAUAUGUACAGGUGUAUGCGUGGAAGUCAAGCCAAAACAAUUAAAUUAUGAGCUAGAAAUUGUUAUGUAGUAAUUUCACAUAAAUUAUCUUGCAUAGAAAUUAAAAGGGAAUAAUCCGAUUGAACAGUAUUUACUUAUUUUUAAAACUUAAUUAGAAUAUGGGCUAAUUUUUUUAAAUUUCAUUUUAAGCUCACUUUCAAUUAAUUUUCUCUCUAUCCAAUCAUAGUGCAGCAUUAGUGACAGAGUGCUUGCAGAUUUAUACUAAGUGUAAUUAAUAAUAGUAAUUGAACUGAGUGGAGUGCAAUUUGGGCUGAAAUCGUACGCAUGAUUUGAAAUCACAAGUAUGAUUUCAGGCCAAAACUGCACGACACGAGGUUCAAUUACCACUUUAUUACAUCCAUUUUGAAAUUGCCCAAAUACAGGACUUGGUCAGUUCAAAUAUUUUAUUAAUGUAGUACUGAGCUGGUUUGAAAUUAAAUUCUUUUUUUUUUUUUUUGGGGUGGGGGAGGAUUUUGCCAAAUUUGCCACAUGAUACUCUUUGUCUUUCCUCUCCGUGUAAUUUGAUUGGUUACUUUAAACAAGCCUUGAUAUUUGAUUGGCUGUUUGGUUUUUAGUGUAGCCUUCUCUUUGGCUGGGAAAAAGAUGCGAUUUAAAGCAAAAAAUUGUGCAAUUCGUGAAUAAAUCGAACCAAUUAGAGCCAAUCAGGUUACAGGGACCACCAGUGAUUCCAAAUGGGUGUAAUAAAUGCUGCCAUUUUUUCUGAUAUGCAUUAUCAAAUUUAUGCUAUUACAUUGAAAAACUUUAAUUGCACUCCUGUGAAUAAUUUUUUUUUUUUUGGGUAGGGAAAACGAAUUUCUGGAGUGGACGGUGAGCAAAUCAGUGAUGUUUGCCAUGAAAAUGUGAUGCUAAAAACCGAAAAUGACAAGUACGUAUGUUUUAAUUUUAUUAUUACACCCAUAUAAUUACUAAUUUUGCGUUUGUCCUUGUUUCAUAAUGAAUUGAAUGUCAAGAUUUCUAUAUUCCUAUUUAAAACUACUGAGAGAAAGGAAAGUGUAUUAUGAGUUAAUCAUUUACUGUGUUACAGACUGACCUGUAAUGUACGUUUGGUGGUUCAUGUUGGUGCCUAAUAAUAUGACUCGAAAAGUAUUGAAUAUUAAUCAAAAUUUAUCUUUUACACAGACUUCGUGUGCGUAUCAAGGCCUUGCAGCAGACUAUUGAUACACAGUCAGUCAGAAUAGCGGACCUUAUCUCCUCUCAAGUUUUGGCGUCUAUGAAUGGUAUGGAAAACGAUACAGUGUAUUUGUUUAUUGGAGUUAUUAGUGUCACUACCAAAGACAACGUUACAGAGAUAUAAAAGCAGAUAACGAUAACUUUGCGCCCCUCAUUUUAUUAAGAGAAUGUCUUUUGAUCGCAUAUUGUCGAAAUAUUUUUUCAAGGUGAAGGUGUUGAUGGAGGAGUGGAAGAUCUCAUCCAGAAAUAUUUAAAAGAAAUUGAAGAGCUCAGGUAAAGAUUGUAGCGAUGUGUACAGUUAUUGAUAAGCAGGGAUUGAUAUCACGCCGAAACCAAUAGGAAAUUGCGAGGCAACACACUUUGAUGGCUUGCACUUUUUACCUUACAUACAGCCAUUCAGAGCUAAAUGAUAACUCGCAGGAUAUCGCCGGUACCUAUGUACACAUAUAUGUUUCUGGUAGCAUCAAGGAACUGUUAAGAAAACAGCACACUGAUCUUGGCCAGGACUGGAACCCAAAAUUAAAGACGAAAACAAGAAAAACGAAACAUUAAAUGUCUUAAUAAAUUUCGUUCAAAACGACAAGCUUAAAAAAAACCUGGGAGAAAGAAAUCAAAGUUUUGCGAACUCACUGAGACUGUAGAAUAAAGUGGCAUAAUAAAGUGGAGUAAUAAUGGCGCCGUAUUCUCCUUUCUCUUGUAGAAAUAAACUUACGGAAAGUGAAGCCAUGGCAAUGGCCAUAACGCGUCAUGCCACCUUGAAGUCUCGGAUGACGUCACCGUCAUCCCAGGAGUCGACCACGUCUAUACUGGAGAUGGCAAAGAUGGAUGUGGCGAAACAGCGGCAAAAAGCACAGGUGGUAUUACGAAAUCCUCCUUCUCUCUCCAAAGUCAAAUGCGUUAGACCUGUUAAGCCUCGCGGAGGCAGUUUUCAUUCAACUAUGAAGGGAGUAAAAACUUCUUCUAACCUUCCUGUUAACUCAUCUCGACCUCAAACUAAAUCUUUUCUUCAAACAAAUGGUGGCAGGCUUAAGGUUGUGACACCGCGGCUUCCUUGGAAUACUGGCGUUGUCCAGUCUAGAACGGACUCCGGGCUGAGCCCUCGGUUGUCCCAGCGGAGUAGUCUCGUGACCUUGAAAGAGGCCAAUCCUAAACCUCGUAGACCUAGCAAUUAUUUAACUCCGGCAGACCGGGAUAAACCGUUGAAUGGCGUAACUGUUAACUUGGCGAACAAUGUUACGGCUAAUGUAGUAUUGCGGAGACCUAAACAGAAGCCGGUUGAUUCUGAAGUUAUGGCUGUUAAGCGUAGAUCUCGCAGCCUGGAUUCUUUAGGUGGAAAUAGUGAUGCGAUGGACAAUUACCUAACACCGGUGCAGUGUUUUAAGUGCCGCAAAGAUCUAAGUCGGGUGUUUGACUCAAGUGCUUCUAGUAGGUGCUCUGAUGCCUUCAGUUCUACAAGUGAUCUUAAUUGUUCUCUGCCAGAACUUCGUUUUGAUGAGAACAACAAUGUUCAACUCGGCUCAGUUCCAAAGCCAUCUGUUUCGAGGGUAGAGGUGUUGAAAGCAGAGAAAUUAGUGCAACACCCUCCACCAGUUGAUAUUGUGUCUGACACAGAGUGUUAUAAGUAUCACUUUGAAAGCGAUAGCCAGACUGAGAGUGAUUACGGAGUGACUGUCGCUUCCGACAGCGAAGUGUACAGAUACAAGCCUAAGACAAAGGACAGACGAAACUUACAUUUAGAUUCUCCCAUGCCUCAUCUGCUGAGGGAACAAAGGACCGACUCAGCUGGCAGUAUUCAAGAGCGUAAGCUUCAACUUGAGGAAGAUCUUGACUCGUUGCUUGAUUCUAUGGCUUUUGCAUUAGAAAAUAUUGAUGCACCUGGAAAAGGCGGUGAGCUACUCCCUGGUAAGAAUGGCGGUGUUCCUCCUGAUGCUGUGUACACACCACCUGCAUUUUUCAGGCCAAUAUUCGAGGUCAAGAUUUGAAAUGAUCAAUUAUCUAAGUUUCCUGUUGGUUUCUUUUCCUGAUAAUCUUGAGGUUUUCAAGACAACUUUUCUCUAGUGCGCGUUUUUUUUUUUUUCUCGCCUGCACUAAUAACAAAGCAUUCAUGUUCUGAAAGAACGUUAAAUCAUGGUACGUUUUUUAUGUUUUGUUUGUUUGUUUUGUUUUAUUUUUUGUUAUUUAAUACACUAACGACAAACCCACAGUAAACACUGUGUUUGAAAUACUAGAGAGAAUGUCGUUUUAUGCUUUUUGAUUGAAAUAAGGAGCUUCAAUGAACUACUUGUAACAAUAGACUGGUUGUAAACAUGAAAUAAAAAUCGAUGCACGGUCUUUUAAAUUUAAAUUGUUAAAUACGUGGAAAAGAUACGCAUUUCAAGAAUGUUUGUAAGUAGUGGUUAGAUAAUUUAUUUAUAGAAUUCGCCCCCUAGUUUGAGUGAACAGAUUAAGUUGCAUAAUUCGCUCUAAAUGCAUAAAUGGCAAUAGUUAUUGAAAUAUAUAAGACUAAGUCAAAUGAAUGGUAAAAAUUUUAUUAAAAAAAAAGUAAUGUCUUUUGAGGAAGUAAAGUUUAAUUGUAAACUAUAAAGAACAUUGUAUUUUGCGUUAAGUCAUAGAAUUGUUUUUAAUUAAUGUCCUUUUGUGGUCUUGACAUGUGACGUUCUUUCUGUGACUGUUAAGACGUCGGAAAAAUGUAAAUCUUGCAGGCCGAUUUUCACAUAACUUUAGUUACUACUUGCAAGACAGUUAGUUCAAUCUGAAACAGGAAAUACGUUGAUAAGUACGGAUAACGUACGAAUGAAACCUAAUAUACCCAAGUUUUGUAAUGAUGAACUCGCAGUGAUGCUAUAAACUCCAUAGCAAUGAAAGAGAUAGAAAGGCUCGUUUUGAACAUUUUUAAGUAAAUAAAAAUUUGAGCGGAAUUCAUUUCUCUGUGUUCUUUCCCAUUCUUAAAUACUUGAUUUAGUUCAUCUGUUCUCCAUUUGUUUACCAAACUCUUAUUUCCGUUUCGCCUGUUCCUAUUUUAUUUUGUUAAUUCCUCUGACUGCCACCAUUUUGUUGAGAAGCAUGCUUUGUUUCACUUUUCAAUUUUUGAUGUCUUCUUUUCUUCUUUCCUUUUUUUAAAUUCGUUUUCAGUUAUUUUGCUUUCUCCUUCUUUUGACUGGUUGUUUGUAUUUUUGUUUUAGAUUUUCUUUGUUUUUGUUUCCUUGUAUUGUUUUAGCUUGUGUCAUUUGUUACUCCUUCUGUUUGCAUGCGAAAGCUUCGCAGAGUAGCAACAUGUUACUUUUGUUUCACUUUGUUCAGUAACUAUACACAAGUUAUGUUAGGUCCCCUAACGAAAUCUUGGAGUAGCGAUAAUGAUUCGAAACAGUGAGUACUGCAUGUGGUUAUGAGAAACAUGGGGUGGGUAGUCUGCGGCCCAACUUGUCUACUUUUUUGUGAACUGUUCUUGCUUUCUUUUCCGUUUACUGAGGUGUCGCUGUAGUGAAAAAGCUGAGUCUUGUUGGUGGAAAUGGCACACCUGCUACGCACACGAAUCCCCCCUCGGAAACCCCACAGCUAUACUUUAGAUUUAAACCUCUUGGAAACAAAGGGUUUUUUGAGGCUCCGCUAAAUAGUUUCUCGAGUGUUUUCCAAACGGCUGUUGGGGGCCAUUUCCAUGGGUUUCUAAAGCGUAGGGACUUGGUUUCUCAAGGAAUACGUAUACACAGCCAAUUGGUAACCAAAAGCGUGUCCAAACGUUUCCCAGGGAUUUUUAAGAGGUUCUUGGUAUAUUUUAUGGUGCGGUUGCAUCAUGUCGAGUCCUAAUAACUCUUAGGAAUACUUUAUGUUUGUCUGUCUGUCUGGUUCUCUGUCUGUGUGCGUGUCUGUCUGUCGGUCAGUGAGUCUGUCAGUCUGACCGAGGGUACUACGUAACUCAUGUCUGUCUGUUUUUCUGUCUGUCCGACCGUCGGUCUGUCUGACUACCUUGCUGCAAUUUGACAAGUCCAUGAAGUUUUCUGACUGUCUUUCCUGUCUAUGUAUGAAACAACCAUUCACUAUUCAUGCAUUCAUUCAUUCCUUUGGUACUGUAGCUGUCACUCGUUUCUGUCUUACCAGACACAUUUGAUCUGUGAAGGCGUUAUCCACAUGCUCGUGUUUUUGUGUACUUAUCCAUACAAGUCUCUUUAUUAUUAAAACUGACAAUUAUGAUGCUUCAGCUUAUCACCUCAUGUAUGCUACCAUGGAAAUCACAGCAUUGGUCACUGAUCUACUUCUUUUCCUUUCUCGGCUGCAAGCUCAGUGUUCAAGGUCUGCUUGGUAAGGUCUUGCAUGCUUCUAUAUCUGUCUUCUGUUAAUCUAGCUAAAUGUAGCCAAACCUCUCGUGAAGCUGGGAUGUGACAACGUUUCAGCCAAUUUUUACUCACGUCACUUUUAUUUCGUUAUAUAUGUCAUUUUGCUUUGUGUUUUUUUCUUUGUGGCGUAGUUUUUUUUUAACUCUGUAUUUUGCUGUAAAAUUUAAGAAUUCCUCUUGUCUCUAGCCGGAAGACAGUUGAUGUAAUACUUAAAAGUGAACAUUUAUCAUGAGUUAUCAAAUGGUUUAAAAGUUUAAAAUGGAUUUUUGGAUGUUUUAAAAAACAUAUGGUAACAAAUCAGUUAAAAAGUAACACGCUAAUGAUUUUGUGUAAAACUUUGCUGAAUAACAAUUUAAACUAACUAUUUUGAUCAAUUUAUUGUCAAAAUUGUGGUAUAUCCGCCGGUGAAAAUUACUCAGUAAUGCUGUAAGAGUAAAUUUCUCUUCUUGACCAUACUUUGACAUGUGAAGGGUUUCAGAUGAUUCUCGUGCGCCGCAAAGCUGAUGUCAGCGGUCAAAGCUUGAGACUUGACGCAAUUUGUUAGUAAUAUUUAAUCAAUAGUUGAAUGUUUUUUUAACUGUAUUUGCUAUGCUGAAGAUUUAUGAUUUAUAUAACAUUUAGAAAUAGGCCCUUGCCUUCAAACGGCUUGAAAAGUGGAGAAAGUUACGAUUGUGUGCGUCAGCUAUGGAUAACUAUAAGCCCUCUCGUUGUUAUGUUCAUUGUGACUUUAAUUUUUUUCUGUGUGUACGAAGCAAGUUUCAUUUGAGUGUCAAAGGCAAUGCAGAUUGCAUUGGGUCUACUUUGCAGUGCUGUGUGAUUGGUCCAGAAAACACCCGCCACUUUCUUAACCAAUCAUAUUCAAAACUAGAACCAAACGCAAGAUUGUUGCUCGCGUUGUCCCACGCUUGAACAGCCUUUUCACGUUACUUCCCUUCGUUAUGUUCAUCUUGUAACGCCAUGUACUGUUGCUUACCAGAAACUGAACCACAAGGAAGAGGGAGCAGAUCAGCCUUGGGGUGAACAAAGCAGUGAUGAAAGCAGCAGUGAGGACGAUGAAGUAAGAGUUCUAUGUUCUUAGAUUAAAAUUUAAUUAGUAACAUGCCUUCGUAACAACUGUUGACUUGGUGCAAAAACUUCCAUCCUCUCCUGAAACAUUCCAAUUGAGAAUCUCUCUUGGUCUAUCUGGGUCUCUCUUGGUCUAUCUCGGUCUCAUGGUCUAUCUUGGUCUAUCUUGGUCUCUUUUGGUUUAUCUUGGUCUCUUUUGGUUUAUCUCGGUCUCUAUUGAUCACUCUUGGUCUCUCUUAGUCUCGUGGUCACUCUUGGUCUACCUGGCUCUAUUUUGGUCUCUCUCUAUGUUUUUCUUGGUCUAUCUGGGUCAAUCUUGAUCUAUCUUGGUCUACUGGGUCUAUCUUGGUCUAUGUUGGUCUAUCUUGGUCUAUCAGGGACUAUCUGGGUCUAUCUUAGUCUAUCUGGGUCUAUCUUGAUCUAUUUUGGUCUCUUUUGGUUUAUCUUGGUCUCUCUUUGUUUGUUUUGGUUUCCAUUGGUCUAUCUUGGUCUCUCUUGGUCAACCUCAUUUUUACCGCUCUUAAGGCAGUUUGUUUGUUUUUACUUUGAGUUUUCAUUGGCUUUUUGAGGGGUUUUCCUUUCUUAUGAUGGCCGGUUUGUUUACUUUGGUUUUGCUUUUACGGUACUCAAUCGAAAAAUGCUCCAAUUACUCUACCAAAGAAUGCCAAUGCGUACUGAACAAGUGUCUGAAAAACCUGACGAAAUACUGGAAGAUAACUUUUUUUAUGAAUUGACAUCCCAGCCAACGGGAUUGGUGUUCCUCUUGGUCUUUUCAUGCUACGAAGAGAGGACUAAGUUCCAACCGAGCUGCGAGGUGUUGUGAACCACUCGGCUCGAGUGGUAUCUGUGCCUUCACCCUCCUCAACACAAAUAAAACUCGUUCUUUCUUUAACACUUGUUCAUUGUGAAACCUUGAGGGGUUGGGUGGAAGUGGGAGUCAUUUCAAUUUUUAUCGCCGUUGAGUUGAUGUGCUUUUUGCAACUAGGAAAAUGAUGAAGAUCAAUCGGCGGGAAACGAAGGACGAGGCGAUGACGUUGAUGAUGGUGACGAUGAUGACUCUGAUGAUGAUGACGCUGUUCAAGGUAACUCGGGAAAGUCAUGUUUCCUCAGAAUUUCAAAACGUAAUCAACCGAAGAGGUAACUAGAAUUGACACUUUCAUCAACUGAGCAGUGUGAUCUUGAUAAAACUCUAGACUCUCCUGUCUAAUACCCCAUUCACAACAAAGCGUAAACAUGUUGGGAGCUGUUUUGAAAAUUGUCUUAGUAGAAACUGCGUAAAACAAGUUUUGCCGACUUCAAAUCUAGCACAUUGAAUGGAAAAGUUAGUGACCACUUAAACCCUACGGAAAAUUAAGUUUUUCAGUUCUCUGUUUCAUUCAGUUAAACGCUAAACAUGUUUUUGCUGGUGUGGAUGGGGUAUAAGUUACCAGGGGGAAUACUGCAGCUGGAAUGGAAACAAGAAUACUGAUUCGAUCUAAUAGAACAAGCUAAUUAUCAUAUUUGGUCAUGAACACCGGGGAAGAGUAAUUUUCAGGUGCAAUGCAAUGAGGAUCGAUUUCCUAAAGAUAAGAUUUCGAAAUUCAUUUGUUAUUUGAAGAUUGUAUUUGUUGUUCUGUGUUGUUUGUUUGUUCAGUUGGUUCAAAUUAGUAAAAGGCGUUGCAUGUUUCCACGUUUUUAACAGAUAAUGAGAACGACCUGUCAGGCGACUUGGCGGACCUGUCAACAGAGAUAUCCAUCAAGGAAAAACUCAUCGACGAGCUGGAGACGAGUCAGAAGAAAAUCCACACUCUGAAAACUCAAUACGAAGAGAAACUGUCUCUUCUCCACAACAAGAUCAAGGAGACGGAGACAGAGAGGGAUCAGGUGGGUGCCAGUUAGUUUGUUUGUUUGUUUAUUUUGUUUCUUGGUUAGUUACUGUGUGGUUAGUUCAUUUGUGGUCUUCCUAAGCCUUAUCGUUGGCUUUGGUGCCUCACGGAGAUGGAGAACAUCAAAAUCUCCCCUUAAUAAGCUGAACUGGUGUAGACGCAUUUUAUCCGUCCUCGCGAAAGUACAUUACCGUUGACAGUCCUCAGCGCAUACGGCAUACAGACUGUUGGAGUUCUUUUGAUGUCACCACCCUUAGCAUUUCGGUUUUUGAACGCCUCCGUUUUUCCUCAAGUUUGCAUGGCCAGCUUUGCCACAAAUGAUAUACAUGGUUAAUGUAAGGCAAUUCGCGUCACUGAUGGUAGUAGUGUAACACUUAUGAGAGAAAAAGGUGUAAAAGCAGAAAGAAAGUGAGUUGCUGCCCAUCUUUCUGUAAACAGCCGUAGUUUGCCCACUGCCUGUCACUCUUACUUAACGAAGGAAGGGGAGGGAGAUAAUUUGACCUGAAAAGUUAUGAAGUACAACUUCCAUCUCUUCUCCUCGGGAAACGCUCUCUUUCUUGCUCUUGAUAAAAAUUAAUUUCAAAAAAGAGUCUUACGUUGGACAUAUACUGUAAGGGUAUAGGCCAGCGUGAUCGAACGUUUUAUUACUUUCCUUGAUAUAACAUUAAGUGUAUAUGUUGUUGCAGAUCAUUAAAGAAUCGUCUAUUUCUAAGCUUGUAUUACCAGUCGAAAGGAAAGUUGUUUGUUAUGAUUUAUGCUAAUUGUAAUUUUUCUUUCGCUUUCAGGUUUUGCAAAGUGUCAAAAAUCAAGACUCGAAAUCGGGUGAAAAGGUUCGACAAAUCCGCGACGAAUACGAGAAAAAAAUUAGUCGGCUGCAGGGAGAACUGAAGAAGAUGCAGGCCGCCAAGAAAGAGCAUGCGCAGCUUCUUAGGCAGAAAGCGCAAAAUGAGCAGCAGCUGAGAACUUUCCAAGCUGAACUGAAAGAGAUGAAGAAGACUAAAGUGCGUCUUAUGAAACAAAUGAAGGAAGAGGCGGCCAAGAGCAAGCAACAGGAGGCGCAGCGGAAUAAAGAGAUUGCACAACUGAAGAAAGAGUCACGGUUGAGACAGAUGACAAUUAAGAAUCUGGAAACAGAAAGACGACAGCGUGAAGUAGUACUCAAGAGAAAACAGGAGGAGGUAUUUCCCUCGCUGUAUCAUUUCUUCCGCGGUAGAGCUUGUUACAAGACCGACUCGUUCCUUUUUGUACAGUUUCCUGAUUGUUGCAAGAUUUGCAAUACGAUCCACAAAAUAGUUCGAGCGCCUUGUAAACCUUCCCCUCACCAUUUUAGUUUGCUGCCGUGGUGUCCAUCAAAAUCGUGCCUCAUCCUUAAUAUUCUUCCUAUUUGAAAUUAUACACAUACAUCAUUAUGAUAAACAUUUUCCAGUCAAACUCAGACCACUGCUUGAAACAUGCAAAUGAAUUAGGUAAAAGAACAAAACAAGGGCCCGCGGAAAAGCCAAGGAAGGGUAUGGAUGGGCGAAAAGGGAGAAGAUUUGUACGGGUUUCAUUUACGUAACCGAGUCGAAUAGCAACGGCCCGAUGCUUGUAAAGUCGAUCCUAACUAGCCUGAAAAUACGCACUCUUUACAUUCAGAAAUCACAUGACUAGUAGGUGUUUCAAUGAAAGUUGCGAGCGGGCUCUUUUGUUUGGGUUUCACGUUACGAUCCCUUUCCGGGCAGAGCCGCAUAUGACACCAGCAGCAGCGGCUUAUGGAAAAUGUUGUUAAAAGCCCCUAAACUUGUUGGAGAUAAAGCUGUGACUUUGCCCUCUAAGAAUUUUUUUUUUUGCACACGCAAACGAUUGGGUUUCUCAGUAUAGUAUGAACCCUCCAUCUAAAGUGACGUUUGCCCUGCAAAGAAAGAUGUGAAAUCCACUGUACGCGCCUCAUUAAUUUUUCUCGCUUCAUUCACAGGUAAAGGCCCUCAGGCGUCAACAGAAACCCAUGUCUGGCCAACUGGGAGCACAACGAAGCCAGGCAACCCUGUUAACAGUACGCGAAGUGAAUGGUGUGGAUGCCAGCUCAUACACCAGCUCCUAUACGUCGUACAGCAGCUCAUCAGUAUCCGUGUCCUCUUCCUCAACCUCAAGAUUUUCAGGAGCAGCCAGUCGACCGUCGGGAUUGCCUGUGAAAUCGCCGAGAAGAAAGAGCUCCGUCCAACAGGCGUCUCGAAGUGCGAAGAAGAAAUGGGAUGUCAUUGACAAGAAGGUGAAAGCCUUAACUUUAUCACUUUUAUAGUCAACCAUUAAAUGACAUUCUGCAACAUCUCAGACUAAUGACUCAGUCGUGAUAUCUUCAGCAAAGUUUUAAAGUACAAUUGUUGUUCAAUAUUAAAAACGUAACCUCGUUAUUUUCUUUUCCGUUCAGAUAACGUCAUUGAUUAUCAAGCGGCAAACGAUUGCAAAUAUGGAAUCGGAUAUGGAUCGCUGGAUACAGGACAGAGAUCGCCUCAGUAAACAGCUAGAGAAGUGUCAAAUGAAAUAUGACAAUGCUACAGUUUUGCAGAAGGUAAUAAGUACGAUUUUGUGUACAACAUUUUGUGUUGCAGUUGUUUGCUGAUAAUCUUUAACGGAGAUAGUUAUCUAAACCUUCGUAGGAAGAAAGUAACGUACAAGAACUAUAACGGAGAUAGUUGUCCAAACCUUCGUAGGAAGAAAGUAACGUACAAGAACUAUAACGGAGAUAGUUGUCUGAACCUUCGUAGGAAGAAAGUAACGUACAAGAACUAUAACGGAGAUAGUUGUCCAAACCUUCGUAGGAAGAAAGUAACGUACAAGAACUAUAACGGAGAUAGUUGUCUGAACCUUCGUAGGAAGAAAGUAACGUACAAGAACUAUAACGGAGAUAGUUGUCCAAACCUUCGUAGGAAGAAAGUAACGUACAAGAACUAUAACGGAGAUAGUUGUCCAAACCUUCGUAGGAAGAAAGUAACGUACAAGAACUAUAACGGAGAUAGUUGUCUGAACCUUCGUAGGAAGAAAGUAACGUACAAGAACUGAAAGAGCAGCUGGAAGCACUGACGGCGCAUAUGGACUAUGUGCAAGAUAACAUUACGGACUGUCAAACAAGCAUCAUGGAGAUGGAGGUUUGACUAAAUCUUACAUCCAGUUUAUUUGAUUUUAUAACUGUAGACCCUUAACUAAGGAGACAGUAAAGCGUAGAGUGGCUAAGGAGGAAAUUUUCAAGAAGCCAUUUUAACUAGGAAUCUGGUUUCAUCGGCUUAGCUUUCCAAAAUGCGUUGACCGUUUCUGAGAAUCUGAUCUUCUCUUUGAACGCAUCUUCCUUAGUUCAUAAGUUUCUUAGUGGUCGUAACUUGUGUGCUUGAAAGUGUACUAAAAUUGUACGUGAACCCACUGGUGUUGACUCCUUGGAGUAGAACAGAAAGGCCUUGUUGCUCCUCUUUCCUUAACCUUGGGAGGGUGGCGAACAAAUGAACCAACAGUCGUAUUGUAUACUUGUUAUGUACAUCUAGGAGCAAGGUGGAGACACUGCUGAGAUAGGAGAAUUUUUCGCCACCUGUACAAUAACAGAGGCACGUAUCCUGUUGGAGCACUUCUUGACUAAAGUGAUAUCUUUGGUAAGUAGAAGAUAUCAAUCGUCUGUUUACUCAGCGAAGUAAGUGACUGAAAUAUGAAAAGCGAAUAUUACCCGAUCCGAAAUCUUUACAGAUGUGGGAACAAAUGUUUUGAAGAAAGGGUAAAAAAAAGAUGUAGUACACUGUUAAGAGUUUCUGCACUUCUUCCCAUAACGCGGCAACGAGUAUUGCUGCUCCCUUGGGUGGAAUGCUAGUGAAUUUUAUUUGCUGGUUAUCCCACGGUAUUUUGUUAAGUUUACCUGACAAUUCUCCGGUCAUUUUACUCCGGGAGAGAAACAUUAUGAGAGUAAAGUGUUUUUCUCAAGAACAAAACACAGGUAACCCAACUUAGGCUCCAUUAAGUGUACUUCGUUUCCAGAAGGUUAGCAUGUUUUCAAUGUUACCCUCGUUGGAAACUAAAUCUUUGAUCUCCAAACACAUCACGUACACUUGAACGACUGAAAAAAAGGGCACGCUUGUACAAGUCACCCCUUGCGGAUACUUUCCGCUUGCUUCACACUUUGCCGUGAACGUAAAAGAAAAGGUUUAAAGAUGCUGGAGAUCUUACUUACGGAAUUACUACCUUAACAGGGUCAAGAAGCCACCUCUAAAGAAGCCGCGGCAAAAGAAGUCCAAGCCCGUCUCAAUGCCAUGAAGCAGCACAACGAACUUCAACAAGAACUAUUGCAACACGUGCUGCAGUACCACGAUUCGUUCAGCAGCAUCGAGAAUCUCGCCGCCGCUGCCAUGGGAACGGAUUCGGAGCUCAGUGGUUCGGAGCUUAGAGAUCGGUUAAUGGGAUCUUUGGUAUGACUGUGGUUUACUUAUAUUUGGCCAUGCACAGGCAAUCCAAGCUCACUUUGAGAGGAUGGAAGCGUUUGUUUGUUUGUUUUUUUGUUUUGUCAGCGAAAGGUGAUGCUAAACGAUAUGUACGAAACCUGGCAUUCGCCUUGACCAAGGGCUAGCGGUCGAAACGUCAGCUUUAGAAACUGUUAACGUUGGUAAAGUCACAUCAACUUAGUUGAUUAGACGAAAUUAUCGCCUAAUUCCCUAUACCAAGGCAGCACCACAGCUUCUUUAGAAACUUACCCCCUUUGUUCAUGUAUAGGUUAACUUUCACACGUCAAUCGUUCGAUAAAGUAAAACUUUGCUCGUCCCUCCCCCCUUACAUCCCACCUCCUCGAACUUAUUUUGCUGAUCUCAAUGGGUGCUUUGUAAAGCAGCAUCCACUACUGAAGAAAGGCAAUUUUGAUCAUUAACCUUUAUCGUUAAUUCUUAUUUUUCAGACGAGCCUGGAUUCGUUGAAAGAUGAAGCCGGAACGCUGUCGAGGUAUUGUGAAAUUUUAUCACACCAACAAUUCUGUAGCUAGUAUUUGAGUCGUUGAUCGCGUUCAGUAAAGAAGAUUUUGGAAAGCGAUUGGAGGUUUUUUAUAUAUGCUAAGCCAGAGGACAAAGAAUGCAAAUGGAAUCUAACUUGCUUUAGAAACCACUUUGAAAGUUCGAAAUCGAUAUUGUUUGUUGUUUUUUUUUUCUUGUGCAAAAGUUCUAGCGGUGGCACGUUAAAAGAUUUUAAUGGUGAAGUAGCAUCUCAAGCACAAGCUAAAACAAAAGACAAGGUCAGUCGUUCACCUCUCUGUCAUUUUUGAUUCAAUAGUGAGUAGCAUGGGCCAUUAAGUGUUUUCCCGUUAUGCGCAUGCAUUUUGUUUAUCGAUGGAGAAAGUGGGGAAAGGAAUUGAGGGAGGUGGGGGAGGGGAUAGAGAGAGGGUAUAGUUGACUGUUAACGGUAAAGUUGAAUUCUGAGUAUAGAUUUUAUCAUGAACUUUGAGAGUAAGUAAGAACUAGAUUUGGUGUUCAGCCCGAAGUAUACCUGAAGCCUGUAAUGGUUUCCAUUUUAAUUAUUAUGAAUAUGUCAUGCUCCACAAUGGCUACAAUUAAGUUUUUUUAAAAUUUCUUUUUCGUUAAUUCAUUAAGAUUGGUAAGUUCAAAUCUUCGGAAUUCAUACUAUCUAAAGAGAGUCGACGCUGGAUUACACCCAUUUCAAAGCAGCAUUUUUGACAUUUUGAAAAUUGUGUCUGUAGGCGCGUCGUAGAACUGGAACCCAGGAAGAGUUCUUGUACCCGGAGAAAGUCAAAACGAGGAGAGACGCCCGGCUUGACACGGUUGAAGACGAAGACGAGGCUUCUGCUGCUUCGGUACCGAGCCUCGCCUUAGUGCCCAUGCUUCCCUUUGCAGGGGAACCGAAGGGAUCCCGUCAGAUUUCCCCUGAACUAAUGCAAAAACUGCUUGAGCUGGAAAAGUCUCGUAAAGCGCAGAGCUCAGAGGUUCUUAUGCCACCCCCUCCUGGCUCUCAAGGCAACCAGAACCAGAGUCAGGGGGUACCACCCGUCAAGACAUCUAGGUCCAACUCCUUAAAUGGUAAUAGCUCGGCACCGCUCCCCACCUCGCUAGUGCGCGGAAAUGUCAAAUCCAAGUCAGCGAGGAGUUUUCCUGUCAGUAGGUUCGGAAGUUCGGGAUCUGGUGUCAGUAAUCUGCCUAGGUCCCAGCCCACCUCUCCUGCUCUUCAUAGGAAGUCGUUGCCGGAUAAACCUGGAGCGGGGUAAGCGUGAUUGUACAUUUGGUGGUUUACAGUGCGUUGAUAAAAAAUAACGAAUUAAGUUUUCCCGACCGUUUUGCUCUUGAUUUUUGCGUGGGUUUUCCGCUCUUUCAAAAUUAUGAAUGGGUGUUACCCCAAAUUUGCAAAAGAAUAUUCAAACGGUUUGACAUUAAUCCGCCUAGGAAGGUUAUACCAGUAUUAAAAUAGGCACCUUAUUUUUGGUAAUGCUACGUUACAUGGAACCGGCCGCAAUUUCACUCUCUGGGCGUGAAAAUUUAAUGGUAAAAUUUUGUGAUUGGUGAUGUACACCAUAUCCCCAGUCGUAAAAAUAUAUGUAAGUAAAUUUCCAUAUGAUUUACCUGCACCACGUGCAUUCUUUCACGAUGGUUAAUUUUUGAUUCUUCGCUUAAAAACCCAGAUACAGCACGUCCUCAGCACUUAACGCUCAGUUGUUUCAUUUGCUAAUACUUUGCUCAAUGUUGUUUUUCUGUCUUCGUUUACAGGAUGGAUGAUAGUGUUGUGGUUCAGAAGACCCCAGAAGACGUAUUUGCUCGUCUGACAAGUAGUCUGGCUCAGGAAUCCGACCCUGAUAUGUAAGUCUCUCGAUUAAUCUUCCUCUUUGAGUCAGAUUUUGUCAAAACCACUCAUCAUCUUUUAUGAUGAUUGUUUGAAGACUUUUUCUCAAAUUAAAGGUUUGACCAUUGAGAAACGGUAUUGUUAUUUAACAGUAUUAAAAACUAGCCUUGGUAUGUGGCAACCUCCGAUUGGUUUAGAGCCCAAGGUAUAUCAGCUCAUAUAUCAUAGACUGCUCUUCCAGUAUUUUUUCACGGAGUUCAUACCGCGGUGCCAUCAUGGUCACUAACCUGACUCGCGACGUUCGGUGAAUUAUUUCUUUAUCUAUUUGUUUAAAAAUGUUUACUAGUUUGGAGCCCUAGUGACAUUUUCUGUUUGUCUUCAAUAGUGGCAGAAUGCUUCCCCUCCGUCCCCCUGCAGGGAAGCCUGCUCCUCUUGUGUGUACAUACGCCGCCACUGGGCACAAUAGUGCUGUUUUAUCUCUUGACGUAACAGAAGACUUGAUGUUCACCGGUUCGAAAGGUUUGUGCAAAAUGCUCAAUUAUUGCAUGCCUUCCACAGGACUUUUAAUGUCCCUUACCUACUCCUGCCUCUCAGAAGCCAGCCCUCCUGUUUUGCUCUAUCGGUUUUUCCUCGCGUCAAAUCACACCAGCUGAUUCAUUUUUCUUAGCUGAUUUAUUUUUUCACUCUUUCCACCCGCUUUCUUGACAAUGUAUUUAGUUUAAGAGGAAAGAUUAUGUAUUGGUCAUCCCAGUGAGGAGACGAGUCAAGCGCGUAACGUUUUCAGAAAAUACGAAGAAACUCUGGUUUAUGAAAAGUUCAAGAACAUUUCCCCUUACCAUUUCAUUAAGUAAGCUCGGACGGUAUCUUCCAUCAGUGACACCUUGAAACACUUUAACUUUGUUUUUCAGAUCGCACUGUCAAGGUUUGGGAUCUGAAUACGGGUGAAGAAACACUCUCUUGUGCUGGUCACAAGAGAGAUGUUGUAGCUGUACGUUACUGUCCUAAAACACAGCGGGUUUUUGGUGCAGCACAAAAUGUUAUUAAGGUAAGGACGUCCUUUACUUUUCCAAUUUAUGAAACACUUGAACUUCUGGACAUGGUUGCGAUUUAGUUACUCAAAACCUGAGAGUGACGGACUUGAUGGGCGGGAAAACUUCCACUUUCUCCUUUUCCUCCUCGCUCAUCCUUCUAAUUUAAUCCCACUUACAAUUCUGUACAAAUUUUCUUUGGAAAAAUACGCAGAACCGGUGGUCGUCAUCAAACCCUUACAAGGUAAGGGUUUGCUGGUUUGCUGUAGCCCUAUCCUUAUUUCAGCGUUCGAUUUCGAUUGUAGACUUCUGUCAUAGAAAUGUGUUUUGGCAACUCAGCUCGUGGGUGUGAAAAAGAAAAAUGUACGAAUAGUAACCUUUUUUAGUCCUUAUUAUGAAAGUUCGAGGUUGUUUAAUGUUGUACCCACAUCAGCCGUCCUCUGUUUCACCAUUCUAUUGCAAGUAAAAUGACGCCGAUACAAUUUAGGCUUGUGCGUCCAACACUUCGCCAGUGCAGAACGUUAAUGAAUGGGAUUUUUUCCUCUUACUCUUUAUUCCGAUCUUUAGGUUUGGGACAUCAGAGAUGGCAAAUGUAUCAGGAGCCUUACACCGCCCGGAUCCUCUCUCGGUUCAUUUCUAUCCAACAUGACGUCAGAGACUCAGAUUAACGACUUGAAACUGUCCGCCAAUGGUUCUCUGCUUUAUGCUGCGAUGGGUACCACGGUCAGGAUCUGGGACCUAGAAAGGUGGGUCAUGCGUAGUGUGGUCUUUAAACCUGAACAGAAGCUGUUAGUUCAGAUUAAGUUUUUCGUCCGUUUCAUUGGUCCCAAGCAAUUGUCAUCAGAUGUGUUUAGUGAAAAUUUAGCUAUGCUUUCCUUUCUGGAACUUUCGCCUUGAACUCCAAUACAUAUGGCCUUUUGUUAAGUCUUGGGGUUGCGGCUAUUAAAUUUGAUCAAGAUGCUCUAUGCCGGCUUAGUCAGCUUCUGGCCGCGUUGACUGAUGAGUGGAGGGUUCCAACAUGAUUGGCACCAUUCAAUUUUUUUUCAGCAGAUUUCAGACCAUGGAAAUUUGAUUUCACUUACCUUCCGUUCUGAACAAGUUAGUGGCUCAGAUUAACCAUUACAUUUUUUUUUGUUUUAGUUAUUCCAUGACAGGCAAACUCGGUGGUCACGCCGGGCCUGUUAUGACGGUGUUACUUCGAGAAACCAAUAAAGAAUCUGUCGUGUUCACUGGGUCGCGAGAUCAUUACGUUAAGGUACGUGCAUGUGAAGAGCACACUGUUGUCAGAUCUGUAGAGCAAGGGUAACCUAGGGUGAGUGUUGUUUUCGGAUGUGACGUGGAUUUAGUUGUGGGUAACGUUAAACUUGCUCUGUGUUUCAGCAGUCGGCGAGGAUGGGGAAGGGUGGAGUUGGAGGGGGGUGGGGUGGGUGGAUUAUGGAAGGGGGGGUGAUUGCCCCGUGUAUGAAAUAGAAAAUGGUGUAUAGUGUUGGCGUAGUUAUAUGACGACUACUCAACAUUUUUUCGGGGAUCUAAGUCGUAGACUUGAAGCCAGCAUAUUCAAAUAAUAGUGUAUUAUUUCUUUUUUGAUAGAUAUUUGAAGUAAAUGGUUCUAACGUCGGUGUACAGGUAUGGUGUCUGGCAUGACCAUCAAUUAGUUAUCACAAUUUCAAUAGUUAAGACAUUAGCCGAAUUUUGAAGAAUGUAGACCGUAGUAAUCCGCGAGUCAGAGGAAGUUUGGCACAUUUGGCACUAGUUUGUGGACAAGGAGUUAUUUCAUUCAUUUUUAUUAACUCAGAAAACCCUAUGGAAAAACCAGAUGGCCUUUGUCGAAAGUAAAAUUUCGUUUUCAUUUUGUUCGUUCGUUUGUUUGUUUGUGUUAUAAAUGAAGGAGUGACACAUUUAGUGUUUUAUUCUCUUACAGUCGGCUAAGAGCAAACUAGAACCGCCUCACUAUGAUGGUGUUCAGUCAUUGGCUCUCAAAGGCAAAUAUUUGUUCAGUGGAUCACGUGACAAUAGUAUCAAGAAAUGGAACAUUGAAACGCAGCAACUUAUACAGGUUCGUACGCAGUUUGAAAAUGUAACUUGGUUCGAAUAUGGAUGCGAUCCUUGUAGUUAUGAACAAUACUUGAGUAGUAUUGAAAACAAGGCCUGAAAAAAAAUUUAGGCCUGUAUGGGAUUGGAACCCAUGACCUCUGAGAUACCCGUGUAGCGCUCUCCCAACAGAGCUAACAAGCCAACUGGGAGCUGGACAUUAUGUUGGUACCAAAUUACCCGUGAAGUGGGAAUUAAUGACCGUAAAUAUGUGAAACUCACAUAAUUAUGUGAACUGCGGUUGAAGAAACGAGUAUAGAAGCAAUCCUCACAGUUAUGAACUCUACUUAAGUAGUAGUGAAAAUAAUUUUCAUUACUACUUAACGUAGUACCUAGUACUACGGUACUUUUUGCACCGGUAUCGCAGAGGUCAUGGGUUCAAAUCCCGUAAGGCCUGAAUUUUUUCUCAGGCCUUAUUUUCACUAAUACUUGAGAAGUGUUCAUAACUGCGAAGAUCACUUCCAUAUUCGUUUCUUUAACCGCUGUUCACAUAUAUGAUUUUGAUAUAUUUACAGUAACUUGGUUCGUUAUCUAAUUGGUUUCGGUGUUCAGGCUGGUUACGGACAGGAUCAUCACAACAGAAUCCCCUCUCCAACUGCUUUUCGUUAGCAAGUUUUUCAUGUCCUUCUUUUAGUUGACAAGUGAUUUAUUGGGAGGAUAGGCUAAUAUUUUGAAAAAGGAGAUUUUUCUUGCUAGAACAUGUCAUGGACAAACCCUGCUAGCCAAAUGAAUCAACGUGGGCAUUCGUGGAGACUAAAACCCUUAAACACACAAGAUCCGAUUUUUAUCUCUCCCCUCCAGCUUUUACUCAUUCCCUUGUAAGUUAGUUACGAGAUUUUGGUGAUAGAUCAAGAUAACAAAUUCUACUUCUCUAAGUUUGAGUAUUCUCAUUACCUGUCUGCUUGAUAAUGUAUGAAUAUUACAGGGAGAAGUUACAUGUUCAUCACCUCUGGGAGUUAAAGGGUUAAUGGAUCUCUGGGAAAUCCCACCGUGAUCUUAAGCGCAGGAAAACUCGUACGAUCAAUUGCAGAUCACGAUGUUUUUGUUUGUUUUCCUUUGCAUUUGAUUUGUUUUAAGAAUGUCCUAGUACUUUGUGAUCCAAGAUGUCAAAGAAAUUUGGAGAUUUUUGUUCGAGUAACCAGCUUUUCUUAAAGAAAUUUAAGAUCACGAAACAGCCCCCAAGUGCCUAUAAUUCUAACACCUUUCCAUGCUUGUUCAAAUGAGUUAAACCUGUGGGAUAUUCCAUAAUGUUGAUUUUUUUUCUUCCACAGCAUAUGACGGCAGCUCAUAAGGACUGGGUCUGCGCAUUAGAUUUCUUACACCCUCAAGACGUGCUGCUUAGCGGUUGCCGCGGUGGUAUGCUAAAAUUAUGGCGGGUGGAAACUGGAGCUCCAGUCUGUAAGUUAUUCUCUUAUGUUAUCUUACUCAUCUAUAUAUUUUAAUCCUUUACGCCCUAACAUCACUAUGAAUAUUCUCCAUAAUGUUACUGUUCUCUAUACAUUUCGUAUGGUACUGAUGAGGGAAAUGUGUUUGAUAACCAAUAUUGGUGUUCGUUUUACUUUAAUGUUUGAUUCAGUAUGGAUACUGUGACGACAAAUUAAAUGACAGUCCGACCCUUGGGAGUCGAGGAUUAAUUACAUCUACACGAAAACCCAUCUGAUUUUAAUUUAGUUCCAGAAAAAUUUGAUGGAAAAAUAUCUACACAUUUGAAUUGUCGAUAAAGCAAAAAUUAAUUAGAAUUAAUCGAUUUUAAACGAGAAUUUUCGUUUUCCUUUUUUUUAUGAGGUUUAAACAUUCGCUCCUGUUGGCGUCGCCCCAUUUUCCCUUCGUUUUUUACAAAACUAGAACUAAAGGUGAAACGAAAUCCUUCUGUCUUUACAAUUUGCAGGCGAAAUCAAAGCUCACAGGCAUCCCAUUAAUGCUAUUUGUACAAAUUCGUCUUGUGUAUUUACUGCGUCAAGGUAAGUGGUUGUUUAUUACUGAACAAAGGAAAAACCGGCAUUUUCAGAAGUUUUAAACGUUUCAUGCCUCAGACAUUCACCCACUGAGUUUAUUUUACAUUUUGUGGGAGUAACUUGUGCGCUGAAACCUGGGCUGUAGUUCGAUGAGCUAAAUAUAGAGCCACGGGGUACUAGAAGUUGUCCAGAGUCUUGGGUGGGUUCCUAUUCUCUCUCAUUGCAUCUCUUUCCACCCAAGAGUGUGAGCAGUAAAUACCAAUGAGUGAAUUGUAGGGCCAAUAGAACGAUUUAAAGGUCCCAUCUCAUCUAGAUCGGGUAUUCCGGGGAGUAGUUACUGUUCUGAUCUGCGAAGUUUUCUUUUUUAAUUCUCCAAGUACUGCAAAUAUCGAAUGGCUUCCUAAAUUCUUUAAAAUGUUUAUUUUUGUUUUUCAGUGACAGGUUGGUUCGUCUGUGGCGUGUCACUGGUUCGCUGGAUGAACAAUUAAAUGAAUCGGAUCGUUCUGUUGAGGUGUAA